AUGAUCGACACUUCGCCGUCCCCUGUCGAACAAGUAUUGAAUGAGUUUCAAUUUUUAAGAGAGUUUUAUCAGUGUAUCCAAAAUGAAGGACAAGAGGGAGAACUUUUAUUUGAUCAUCUUGUUCGAGUUUUGAAAUUAGGAAAUAGAACGAGAGAAAUCUAUAUGGAGGAGAGUAUAUUAUUGGCCGAUGAGUUUUCAAUGGCUCAAGAAGAAUAUUUGGAAGAAAAAGAACGAAAAAUUAAGAAUAUUCAACAAUUGUUGUUGAUCCGAGAAGAAGAAGAAGAAACUUCAAUCAACCGGAAUGAUCAUACCGUGAUGGAUGAAUUUAUGAAACACAUACGAGAAUAUAAAACAUUUAUUAUGGAACAACAGAGCAACUUGUCGGAUUUGGAGGAAAAUCCUAAAAUGAUCAAAUUUACAGAACUCAAUCAGCAAUUUAAUGAACAAUUGAAAGAAUUGCAGAAAAAGGUGGAUCAUUGGAAAGAGAAAAUAGAGAAUUUGUCCAUUCCAUGGCAAGUGGCAUAUAGUGCAUCAUUUGAUUCCUCAGAACAGAAUGGAGUUGUUGAAUUUAAUUCUGGGAAAAUUACGGAUAAAUUUGGAAAUAAUUUGUGGGAAGAUCGGUGUGGCAUGUGUGAAGUUAUUAUUCAAAGUGGAGCGAAAGGAGAAGGUGCUCCACGAUAUCGGUGUACAUCUAGCUCAGAUAAGACAGCAACAAAAUGUGAACAUUGUUACAAGUGGAUGAAACAAAUUGAAAAGAGAUAUUUCUCUUCCCCUAUUGUGUUUGACAUUAAUAAUGACACUGUAAUUUCUCAAGACAACGAUGCAGUGUUUCAGAAGGCAAAGCAAAUAGACCACUUUUUUGGAUAUCCAUAUGUGGUAGAGUACAAUGAUGUUGUCUUUAUGAAAUUGAAUAUUUUGAACGCACCAAACCUUCCCACAUUUGUGAACAAUAUUUUUCAAACUUUUUCACAACGACCCUGUGUUGGAACUCGAAAUAAGGACGGAAAUUUUAUAUUCAAAACUUAUGAAGAGUUUCGAAACGAGAUAAUUCACUGCUCUAUUGGGUUUAUUGAGGUGUUGAAAAAUGCUGGAAUUCUUGCCAAUUCGGAACAAGUAUCUAUAGCGAUCAGUACCGACGAAAAUCGAUACGAAUACACUAUGAUCGAUUUGAUGUGUGCAUUGAAUGGGUUUAUAAGUAUUGGCCUGCAAUGCGCUCGUUCUGAUGAUGAAUUAGAAAGUAUCAUUCGUACUGCGUCUGUACAAUGCAUUGUGUGUGACGGAAAACUGUUUGAAAAAUAUUACAAGCUGAUUACAAAAUUGAAAGACAGCAAAGGGAAAUUUGUUUUAAUAUCCAUGGACACGCAAAUGUUAUCAGGCGAUGAGUGUGAUACUGACAUUGUUACAUGCUUUUUACCAUCUAUCAUUGACUCUGGCCACAAUAUGUGCAUAACAGAUCCAAAUGCAAAGACCAUGUUAGGAAUACAAUUAACCACACCAAUAAUAGUUAAAGAAGAUUCACAAUUGUACAGAUACUCAAACGAUCCAACGAGUGGUGUGAAGAAGUCUGAGCAGACGGACCAAAAUUCUAAAAGAAUUAAUUCUCUUAUAUUUACCUCAGGCUCUACAUCAACAGCAAAAGGUUGUAUUGUCACAAACGAGCAUUGGAGGGUGGACAUUGAAAAACAAAUUUCACAUGAAUUGUUGGAGGUCGAAGCUUCGUAUUGUCCCCAGGCACUUGGCAGCGAUAGAGUUACUACAUGGGGAGCCUUAUUGAAAGGUGGAAGAGUUGUGUACUGCAGAAGAGGGAUCUAUUUGUUCGAAGAUUUGAUGAAAUGUAACCCAACGGGAAUUGUGACACCUCCAAGUAUUUUCAACUCAAUUUACAAUGAGUAUCACUCUGAAUUAUUGGAGCUUCAACAGAAAGGAGAGGAACAACAGAUAAAAGACCUUGGAAAAAAGUUCAGCAGACUGUUUGGUCGGCGAUUAAGAAUGAUUGGCAUUGGAGGAGCAUUUGUGUCUCCUGAACUAUUCCAAUUCAUCAAGAACGUGCUACAGUUACCGGUUGUGGAAGGAUAUGGGGCCUCUGAAUGUGGUGGAAUUGCAACAAACGGAAUUAUUAAUUCAGAUGUCAAAUUUAGGCUUAUUGACGUACCAGAAAUGGGAUAUUUCAACACAGACAUUCCUUUUCCAAGAGGAGAAUUAGUUGUUAAGACCUCGUAUACCAUUCCUGGAUAUUUUAACAACGAAAAGGAGUCUAAUGAAUCAUUCACUGAUGAUGGUUAUUAUAUCACUGGAGAUAUUGUUGAGUUGAAUCCUGAAAAUAAUUCCAUCAAAAUAAUUGAUCGAAGAAAAAACAUUUUCAAACUGGCAAUCUCUGAGUUUGUGAGUCCUACCAAGCUAGAGAGCAUAUAUGAGCAAAUUGACGAAAUAGAGAACUGUUGUAUCUAUGGUGAUAGUAGCCGUGAAUAUAUUGUAGCAAUAGUACGAACGGUUCACAAUGGUUGUAACGAUAAGAGACAAAUUCUAAAAUCAAUGCAUCAAAUUGCAAAACUACAUAACGUAAGACCCUUCGAAAUUCCGAGAGAUGUAAUAUUUGAUGAUGACGAGUGGACCAUAGAAAAUAAUUUACUCACUCCCAGUGGCAAGGUGUCACGAUUUAAAAUUUACAAGAAACAUACAAAAAGCAUAGAAGAUUGCUAUUCAACUCAUGCGAAUGAUAAUGAGGUGUUAUUCACAGUUGAUGACAUUGAACAAAACUUUAUUAGUCUAUGUAAGAGCAUCUUAGAAACAGAAGAUUUGGAUAUGAACAAAAGUUUUACUGAACUUGGCGGCUCAUCUAUGAAAGCUGUCAAGCUCUUGUUUUCAGUUCAAAGAUUAUUUAACAUCUCACAAACGCCAAUCUCUAUAUUGAUUCACCAACCACUAUCAACUGUAUGCCAAGUAUUGUCUAUGGGCUCAUCAAACAAAUUAAUGCACCAUUUCUCCACUCAACAGAAUCAAAACCUCUUUUUAGAAGUUGAAAAUGAUUUACUAUUGGAUGAAUCCAUUCAAUUCGUUGAAAAAGAAAAACAAGGAGACCAUUCCAUCUUAUUAACUGGAGCUACCGGUUUUGUAGGAACCCAUUUGCUGGACAAGCUAUGUAAUCGUUUCCCUAGUUGUACUAUUUAUUGUGUCGUAAGAGGAGCUUCAGACAAUGACGCCAAGGAGCGAGUAGUAAGGAGUUUGACAAAUUUUCAGUUAAAACCAGAUUUGUCCAACGUUAAAGUACUGUGUGGAGAUGUUUCAAAAGAACAAUUCGCUUUUGAAGAUUCAAGCAAGUAUGAACUACUAUUGAAUCAUGUCAACAGUAUUUAUCACGUGGCAGCACAAGUAGAAUUUUCAAAAUCCUAUUCACACCUGAAGAAUUCGAACGUGAAUUCUGUGAAACAUUUAUUGAGAUUUAUUUCACAAUCUCCCAUUGAGAUACAACUGCACCAUGUCUCAACCAUUAGUGUGUUUGGUGAAUUGCUCACCAAAAACCCAAUUUUGACAGAGAUUGAUUCCAUAGGAGACAGCUUCAAAGAGAGUGGAGUUGUGAAUUCAGAUGGAUACUCGCAAACCAAAUGGGUGAGUGAAAAACUUUUACAAAAAGCAGCAGAAAGAGGAUUUAAGGCAUUUAAAAUUUACAGACUUGGACUUUGCAGUUGGUCACAUCAAACAGGAAUCCCAAAUUCAAGUGAUUGGUUCACAAAAUUUAUCCAAUCCAUAGUUCAGCUACAGAAAUAUCCAGACACCAAUGAAAAGUUGAGUCUUGUUCCAGUUGAUUACGUUUGUGACACAAUUAUUGACAUUGCCUCUAGCAGUUCCUCAACACCUCGAAUUUUCCACAUUAUCAACAACAACAGUCCCAUACCUUUCAAACUAUUUAUUCAUUAUUUGGAAACUUCCCAUUCCACUCAAGGACAUUUGACCAAAUUACCGUACUCCAAUUGGAUAGAGCAAGUGAAUGAGAAGAUUGCCAUUUAUCCCUUACUUCCUUAUAUCAAACAUGGUUUUCCAUCAACCCCAAAAUUCACCGACAACCACUCUCAGCAUUUACGUUCCAUUCCAUCCUGUCCAGACACCACUCAACUCUAUGUUUCACAACUCAAACUUUCGAACAUCUAA